ACUUACCACCCUGUUCGCGCAACCAUUCAUGUUGACAUGUAUCGCCACGUUUGGUCGGCUGUCUUCCGUAACAAGUCGAUCAGCUGAGCUUGAGCUGAGCAACGUCUUGACUAACUUUCCUUUUCCGCAGCUUUCAUAGAGGUAACGGUAUUCACAAGUUUACCGACUAGGUAGUACGUAGCCUUUAAAUAUGGGCUCAAGUACUCGUCCCUGCCAACCCAAGCGACUGUACCAGAUACCAGUCCAAUUCUUUACCGACUAUGUCACAGAAAGCUCUUUUCCUCAAGUCCAAGCAAGGCGAUUUCGAACUCGGGACCAGGAACGUCCCGAGGCCAGGUCCCGGCGAGGUCCUCGUCAAGUCGUACGCGGUGGCGUUGAACCCUGUCGAAUGGAAGAUCCAGGCAAUAGGGCUCUUCUUCAAUGACUCCGAUUAUCCCGUGGUCCUUGGGGAAGAUAUCGCAGGUGUUGUGGAGGAGGUAGGGGAGGGCGUCACUAGGGUGUCUAAGGGCGACAGGGUCUGCUCUCGAAGCACCAGCCAUGGAAAGGGUCCAGACUAUGCUGGAUACCAACAGUACACGAUUGCUGACGUGAACUUUCUAACCAAGAUUCCCGACUCUAUGACUUUCGACGAGGCGUCGUCUAUCCCAGCAUGCUUAGACACCGCUUCUAUUGGUCUAUUUGGAUCGAAAGAUAGCAAGUUGGAGUUUCCCGACAAGGCAGGCGCAUACAAGGGCCAGGCUAUCUUCGUGCUUGGCGGCUCUUCCUCUGUUGGUCUUUACGUCAUCCAGCUUGCUCGUCUCGCCGGCUUCUCCACCAUCAUCGCGACCUCGUCCCUCAAGCACGAGGGCUACCUGCAGUCCCUCGGAGCCACCCACGUCAUCGACAGGCACCUUUCUCCGGACGAUAUUGCUGCCCACGUCAAGACAAUCACCUCCGAUCCGAUCAAGGUUGUCUACGACACCAUUUCCGAGGCGGACACCCAGAAGACGGCAUGGUCUAUGCUUGCACCCGGCGGCCACCUUGUGUUGACCCUCUGGUCAACGAUCCAGCCUGAAGCAGGCGAUACCCGUACAUUCAAGAUGGUAUCUGGCAAUCCUUUCCCGGAGGAAAACUACGAGUUCAGCAAGAAGUGGUGGGCUCAGCUGCCUGAGUGGAUCAACGAAGGGAAGAUCAAGCCGAAUAGGGUAGAAGUACUCCCCGGAGGUCUUGAUGGUGUGGUUGGUGGCCUUGAACGUUUGAAGGCCAACAAGGUCAGCGGUGUAAAGUUGGUGGUGCGCCCUUUUGAGGGGGCUUAAAUAGCAGCAGUCUUAUAUAGAGCGUAUUAAUCCAACCGCCCACGAGAAAUUUGUGAAAGAAGAAUAUAACUGUAGAC